AUGUAUCCCUUUGAUGGAGAAGGCGGAGUUCUCGCCCACGCCAUGUUCCCCGAAGCGGGUGGCCUCCAUUUUGACGAGGAUGAAGCCUGGGCCUACAAAGAGACGGCCAAAUUACGACAAGGCCAUACCGACUUGCUCUACGUCGCUAUACACGAAAUUGGGCACACGCUCGGGGUGGACCAUAUUCAGAACAAGGAUGCAAUCAUGUACUUUAGCUACCAGCAACCGUUGAGCCGAUUCGGAAGUUAUAUUGAGCCCGAACUUCAUGCAGCAGAUAUUGCAGCGAUUCAGAAGCUUUACGGUAUCUUUUUUAAGGGAAAACCCUCCGGAAACCCCAGCAGAAACAAUUUCGGCGGAGACGUCGAAAUUGGCUCAAACGCGGAUAACACACCAGUCGCGGUAACUACCACGAGAAUGCCCCCUCGAGUUGAUGACGACGAGGAGAUCUUUAUCGAGAGAAAUGCAGAGGGCAGAGACCGAUACAGAACCCGAACGACGCCCAGCCCCAGAGACCGGCAUAGGCAUCAUCACCACCAUGGGCAUCACCACAAUCACGACCACAGCCAUGGAAGCGGUCGUCUUCAGUGCCCAAGCCAUGUCGAUUCGAUGGCUGUUGAUGGCGACUUCAUCUUCAUCUUCGAGGGCCAAUACGUCUAUGAAAUCCGGAACAAACGAGUCCAUAGCAAAAAGCGCAUCACCGAACUUUUCCCGGCAGGGCCACGAACUAUCGAAGCCGCUGUUUUGGAUAGGUCUACCAAGAAAAUGCUGUUCUUCACAAGAUCACACUUUGGCGGCGGCGACGUCUACGCGUACUUCCACUCGGCUAUGUUCGGAACCUACGUGAAAGCGUAUGAGCACCAUUUCAUGAACUACCAACCUUUGGCCGCGGCUCUGCCUUGGACCGAGGGACGGACGAUACUGCUGACGAGCUCCAACCACUUCGCCGUCUACGACGCUAAAAAUGGCCAUUCCUCCGGCUUCAACGCGAUUGAUGUCGAUGAAUUCCCAACUGGAGUUAAGGGUGCAAUCUCCAAGUCCAACAACGAAUAUCUACUUUUCACCCGAGAUCGUGUCGUUCACUACGAUGUCGAUGCAGAGCGUGUUCUCAAAACGUGGAAUUUGAACGAAUAUUUAACGUGU